AUGUCGGGAAACGCCAUAGUUGUGAGGCGAUGUAGCCUCGGCACUGCUCUACCUGAGCAGCAGCAACAACCUCUUCAGCCACCCAUGGACGACACUCAGAAGACGACCCCGGGGAACAUGGCAUUUCAUAGGGCAGAGGUCAUCAGGCGGAAUUCAUUGGCAGGCCACACCCUCGGCCCUUGGGGGCAUGUGAAAAACAUCCCCAUCGCCAAUGUAGCUCCAUUCGUUCACUCCAGAGUUGAUGAUGAGAAGUCUAAGUUGGCCAAAACUGAAGAGCAAUUUCUGGCCCAGCAACAGGGAGCCACUGGUUCAAACCAAAGUCCUUCAAGGCAGUCACCAGACAUGCCGCCAGAUGUCAAGGAAGAAGAUCCGAGAAUGAAACCAGAAGACCUCGACAAAAUUAGUCCGGCCUUGCGAGCUAAAGACCCUCAUGAAAUUCUCGCCACAUCCAGUAAGAAAGAG